AUGGAACAAGCGCCACGUCAGCGCCACGCCAGCCCGGCGGUCGCCACGCUGGAGUCCAUGGAAUUGGCCCCAAAAAGGAGAAGCUGUGCGAGGAAGUGCCUCUCCGCACCGAAUGUCUUUGCGCUCGUGGGCAAGAAGGCCACGGACGACGCCAACCUGACGGCUUCGGAGCUCCCAUGGCUGGGUACCAGCAUACUGCUGUACCUGAUGGACCCUGCCGCGACCUGCGCAGCCCUGCGGGACGGCCGCUGGACAGGCCAGGUCAGGGCCUUCUUCAGCGCCUUCUCCAGUGGGAACCCCACCGCAGGGCCGGUGCCUGAGAAGGUGGCGGAGCUGCUGCGGGGCGUGCAGAGGAAUUACAGACCCGAAGACACGCAUGAGCCGUGUGUGGACGCAUCCCGCAUCCUGGAAGAGAGCGCCAAGCUUUCGGCCCAGGUGGUGCGCAACAUGGCAGGGCGGGUGCUGGCCGUGGCCGUCCUUCCUGGACUACAUCUUCCAGCGCUACGGCAAUGGGUCGGGGAACCUAACAUUGGAGGGUGA